GUACGCGACCUUGGUACGACCUGAACGUAAAAAGCAAUCGUGAAUGUGGCCUCUCUCGAGCUUGUGAUUUGUUUUACUUGAUGUAUAAAUCGUCAUAAUAAUUACCUUGAAUUGCGUGUGUCUGAUCUAAAUCUAUACCUGAUAAACACAAAACUUCAAUAGAAAGGAUUCAUUUAAAAAAAGCAUCCUGUGUAGUGUCUUACUAUAGUAUCGAAUGAGUGACAAAGGAUGCUAGUGACAGCUCAAACGAGGAUGAUUAAAAUACUGAUGUUGCUAUGAUACUGAGUCCUUUAUCUUGAUGAUAGUUAUAGUCAAGUUUUUAAACAAACAUUGAACAUAGAUUGUUGAGGUGAGGGUCUACAAUGGCAAUAGGUUCAGAUGAGGCAGACGAUGAUUUUUCCAUGGAGGCUUAUGGGUCUGUACUGUAUUCAAAGUACCUACCAAAGCAAGUCUUAGGCCGAGGCAUCAGCAGUACUGUAAGAAGAUGCAUUAAAAAAGAUACACUGCAGGAAUAUGCUGUCAAAAUAAUUGAUGUUGUAACUGAAAAGGUAGAUGAUAUUGGAAUAGAAGACUUGAAAUUGGAGUACAGGAAUGAAGUUGCAAUAUUAAGAAAGUUGUCUGGGCAUCAACACAUUGUCAUGAUGUAUGAUUUCAUUGAAUCACCAACUUAUUUCUUUCUGGUUUUUGAGUUAUGUACAGGAGGAGAACUGUUUGACUACCUCACUAAAGUGGUAACAUUAUCAGAGAAAAAAACAAGAAAUAUAAUGAAACAAAUUCUAGAAGCUGUGCAGUACAUUCAUAGUCACGGUAUAGUCCAUCGGGAUUUAAAGCCUGAAAAUAUCCUCCUUGAUCAGAAUUGUAACGUAAAGAUAUCAGAUUUUGGUUUUGCUGUUAAUGUUCAACCUGGGAAACUCUUAAAAGAUUUAUGUGGUACACCAGGUUACUUGGCACCUGAGGUUCUGAAAUGCAACAUGAAAGUUGAUAAGGUCAAAGGUUAUAGCUUUGAGGUUGAUCUCUGGGCCUGUGGUGUUAUAAUGUAUACAUUACUAGUCGGUCUUCCUCCUUUCUGGCACAGGAGGAAAAUGGUUUUACUUCGGUCAAUAAUGGACGGCAGGUAUAAGUUUGGCAGUCCUGAAUGGGAUGAUAUAUCUGACCCACCUAAAGAGCUGAUAUCUAAACUAUUAGUUGUUGAUCCAAAGCAACGGUAUACAGUAGAAGAAGCAAUUAAUCACCCUUUCUUUCACUAUGAGAUUUCGAAACCUGAAGUCUUCAUGGCUCGCAGAAAAUUCAAGGCAGCAAUAAUUACUGUAAGAAGCAUUUGCAUUCUGCAAAAAUUAAACUCACAACGACCAGUUAAUAUUUGCUCGGCAAAGUCAAACCCAUACAGUGUAAAAAUGGUACGCAAAGUGAUUGAUGGGUGUGCCUUCCAUGUUUACGGGCACUGGGUAAAAAAAGGUGAAGAACAGAACCGUGCAGCUUUGUUUGAGACAACGCCGAGGGUAGAAUUAAAAAUGGCCUACGAUAGAUCUGAUGAAAAGUUCAGUACAGAAGGCCCAAAAAGGCUCAGCGAAUUUUACGGACGUUCUGUUGUACAUCACACAGUUUUUGAAUAAUACCAGUGUAUGGUAAAGGAAUAGGUACAGCCAUCUUGAACAUGCAUUAGUUUAUUUAUGAAUAUUCAUAGAACAUUAUGAAUAUUGAUUAUGGGCAUCUUGCAAUAGUUAAAUUAUAAUAUAUUUUCUUGGUUAUUCUGAUUUUGAAUGAUGUGUCUUUAGUCUAGGGUCUUUUUGAAAAAUUGUUAUUACAAUAGUCACAUUCCGCAAGGUUUGUUUACAGCCGGUCACGUGACAUAUAGUGGGUAUUACUAUCUAGAAUUUACAGUGCAAUCAGUGUUAAAGUAUAGGAAAGUGUAAUGUUAUGGUUGCGAAAACAACCGUCCACCAUUAACGUGGGAAAUAACUGGCAAGGAGAGGCACUACGAUUGUUUAAAAUAGUGUUUAGUGCUUAUUCUACUGUUUAACGUGCUUUGAAAUUUGUGAUCCUUCGUAAAGCUUAGCUAGCCUAGAAAUCGUAGGGUGUCAAAAUCGCAGUUAGUGGAUCAAAGACUCUCAUGCAUACCUAAACAUUAUAUGCAGGGGCCUAGGCCUAGCAUUUCUCGAAAAAUCUCAAUGUUUGAGGCCAGGGUCUUUUGGAGCAUUAGCAAACCAUUAUGGCUAAACUCUCAAUUUCAAUUUCCAAUCAAAAUUGGUAUAGUUUCCAACCAACAUUAUUCAACAUCAAAAUAUGUACUUUACAGCAUAAACACUCCGAAGAAUCCACGUAUUUCCUAUGGAAAUUGCCCACCAAGAAUGUUUUCAGGAUGAUUUACAAAUUGUAGUGCCACGCUGUGUAAAAUUUAAUUAAACUAGAAAAAAACUAAAACAUUAUUGGUUCAUUUGGUCCAUAUAUGGAUAUGUGCUUGUUCUUCUGUAUGUAAGAUAGAAAAUUUUUCACAUGCUGGUUCUGAUUUUUUUGCAUAUACUAGAAACUCGCAUGAAAUAAUGUCGAGAAAGAAUGAUGUGCUUAUGUUAUGGUAUGUCUGGAAUUGACUUCAUUAAUUUUUUAGGAGUGUUAUAUAGAAUUGGCAAUAGUCUGUUUACUACUACCGACCCUACAUAUUUGUGUCAAUUGUGGCUUAAGACCAUGCCGCGUAAAUCCAAAAAGCAUAGAAAAGGAAAGAACACAGUACGCUUGUAUUGUAAACAGUAUUCACCCAUAUAGGCAGCUACGUUAAUACCCAGUACAGUAGUUCCGAACAAGUUUUGUUUGUUCUCCACUCCAUUGAU